AUUCUCACCUCUUAUUACGUGAGAGAAAGAGAGUGAAAAUCACAGAGUUGUGUGAAAAAUUAAAAUGACGGUGGGAAAAUACCACUGCGAUUACUGCGACAAGGAAUUCAAAGACACUCCGGCAGCAAGAAGGCGUCAUCUUCAAGGUAUUCAGCAUCACCGUAAUCGCAAACUCUGGUACGAUUCUCUCUCUCUUCCCCAAGACCCUACUGGGAUUCCUGCCGUCGCACAGACCUUCGGUAAUGGAGUCUGCAACCGCUUCCUUAGAACGGGUUUUUGCCCGUAUGGGGAUUCUUGCAAGUACCGUCAUCCGAAGCAUAAUUUACAAGGUCCAGUUACUCAGGGUCAGGGAACAUCUGGUUUUGGUGAGAAUUUGCAAGUACAUGUAGGAGGACUGCAAGGUCAUGUAGCUAGCCAAAGCUUUGGAAUGUCAUUGGGCAAUCUACCUCCAUCACUAAGGCCUCCUCCCGAAGGAGGAUACCAACUGCUACCAUUUGUUGAUUGGGGAUGAGCCAUAAUCAUAUAUAAGGUAUUUUUCUUUAAGUAUAAACUGGUGCUUUUAAUCAGUAAUGGAAGAACCAUUUGCUCAGAAGAGGCCAAAUUAGAGAGGCGUAGUCGCGUAGAGCAUGCUAGUGAAGGAAGCUGUUUGGAAUUUGAUGGCAACUGAAUGAAGCCCACAAGAUAGAGACUUGGAAGAAAAGGGAAGAUAGGGGGACAAUCCUAUGGACUACUAAUAUCAUCUUUUUUUUAGUUUCCUUCCAUUAAUGAUUAGUGUAAAUCCCACUUCAUUUCCUGUUAUUUUGCUAUCUAUAUUCAGUUGGCCAUGAUAUUUACAAAGAGGAUAUGUCUCUUGUACAUCCCCCAUGCCCCCUUGUCACACCAUUUACUAUAACGGCGGUUUCGUGUUAUACCGUACCGUUCCGUGUUCUGUGUGGGCCCGUUUGUUAUCUGAUAUUGCCCCGCCGGACCGGUCUGUUAUUAUUACACUGAAAAUAUGUUUUAGGUUAAAAAUUUACACGAGCUUUCUUCGUAGGAGUUGCUUUAAAGUCGAUUUUAGAUUUUAGCAUAUUUUUUCCUAAAUAGGGAGUACUUUUGUAUUAGAAAUCGAGUACAAGAUGAACGCUUGACAUAUUGAUUUUACA